AUGCCAAAAAUGUGGGAUUUAUUAAGAAAAUCAAAAUAUUAUUUAAUAAAUGCACAUCCACUUGGACAAUUUUCCUUUCCAAAUACUCCAAAAAGAAUUGUUAAUAUUGGAGGUAUUGAAGUAGAAAUGGAAGGAAUCUUAAAUAAAAUUGAGGAAGAAAAGAGAUUGAUAGAGAAAGAGAAAAAUAAGGGUAAAACAACGAUGGUUGAAGACUCUGUAUAUAAUUGGAUUAAAAAGACGGAUUGUUUUGUUUUAUUUUGUUGGGUUGGAGACGUUACUUUGAAUGGAUUUACUUCGAAACAUUUAGAUGAAUUAAUAAGCACAUUUUUAAAAUUUGACAAAUGUAGAUUUGUUAUUCAUGGAAUAUAUCCACCUUUACAUUCUUUCUCCUGGGGUUCAAGAAGGCAUAUUCAAAAAAAUAUUUAUUUUUACAAUUUUGCUAUUGAUCAGCAGAAAUUUUUAGGUAAAAUCUUAUUAAUGGGGAGAUUUCACCUUGAAAUUCACCCACCCCUAUUAUGUAAAUACUUAUUAAAAUUAACAAUAAGUAAUUCACGUUUAUUUAUAAAAAAAUAUAAAAUUAAAUAUUUAUAA